GGCUGACAGAACGCUGGGUUGAAAACCAUUGCGGCAAUGCGCAUGCGAACUUGUUGGAGGAUUUAGCUAGCUGCUAGCUAGCCUGCUUUGUAACUUGAGUUGUUCACUCAUCAGUCAAUAAGGCUUUGUUUAAACGUCGGCAUAUAUUGUUUCAUGACUUUGUAUUCAUUGAAUUAGAUUUAAUAUUGGUGACAUUACUGGUGCUGUCUUUAGCCCACAUAAAAUGACCGAACAAUCAUCCCUGCUGCUUCGAAAACAACUGGCAGAGCUCAACAAGAACCCAGUGGAAGGCUUCUCUGCUGGCCUCAUAGACGAUGAUGACAUCUACCAGUGGGAGGUGGUCGUCAUUGGACCUCAAGAUACACUCUUUGAAGGAGGAUUCUUCAAAGCAUACUUGAUUUUCCCUCAUGACUACCCCCAUAGACCUCCCAAGAUGAAGUUCAUCACAGAAAUCUGGCACCCCAACGUUUCAAAGAAUGGGGACGUCUGCAUCUCCAUUCUGCACGAACCUGGGGAGGACAAGUUUGGCUAUGAGAAGCCAGAGGAGCGCUGGCUGCCCAUCCACACAGUGGAGACUAUCAUGAUCAGUGUCAUCUCCAUGCUGGCAGACCCCAACGGAGACUCGCCUGCUAACGUGGACGCAGCUAAAGAGUGGCGAGAGGAUCCUACAGGGGAGUUUAAGAGAAAGGUGGCACGUUGUGUGAGGAGAAGUCAGGAGAUGGCGUUUGACUAGGUCUUCUGUCUCACGAUUCGUUUCAAUCAUGUUGCUCUUCAAACAGACUUUUUACACCAGUAUUUUACUCAUAGAAAGGAAGAUAUACCCACCGUUUUGUUUUGUAAAUAGGGUCUGAUCUGAUUACCACCAGGUAAAUGAUGUAGGCAGAACAUGCAUCCCUUGGAGUGAGCCCAGUUUUCUCUGUUUUGUGUGUUCUUUAUUUAUUUUGACAAGUAUUCCAACAAACCAACAACAUGCACGUUCUUUUCAUUUGUUUUAAGAGCUUGUUCUUUAUUUUUGACCUGCCACUGAGCCAUGUAUCCUAUACUUAUUUCUUAUGCAAUUUUGGAGGUUGGAGCAUUUGAGGUCAUAGGGAGCGAGGAGGAGGAAGAGGAAUUGAUACAGAUGGGCAAUGGCAUUCCUUGUCCCUAACCCUAAACUCUGGAACCUACCCUCUCCAAAGUGUUCUGCAAAGACCCCUUGAUCUCUUCUCAUGGGUUCAACACACUGUUGCCUUAAGUUGUUUCCCUUAAAUCAAAGGAAACUGUCUCCAGUGAUGUCAAUGACUGUGUCAGGACUCAUCUCUUCAUUUUUUUGAUCAAGAUAUUCUUUUGGACAAACCAAAAAGCUACGAAUCUCAAGAAUGAGGGACAGAGAAUAUUUUUUUGUAAUCAAGAUCUCAGCUCUAAAAUACUAUUUUUUGUGUAUGUAAAUAUUAUGAACUGUACCACAGGUAUGUGAUUUGUGCUUUGUGUAAUUUCCCUUUUGGAGAACCCCCCCUGUCUUUAGAUAGCACUGCAUAUCCAUGAACGUGAUUAGAGUAAAUUGUAAUCCAGUUCUAUAAUUCAGCCAUUUUGUUUAGGAAGGUGUAUUUUAGCCUGAAUCUGGUUGGAAGUCAAGUACAUAGUUGAGGGUACGUCUAUUAACCUUUCAGCAAUGUCUGCAUGUGUACAUGAAUUUAGCCUAGAAUAUGAACAGAUCUGCAUCCAAGUCCUUCUAAUUAAUAUCGUGAAGCAAAAUGAUCCACAUAACAUUCUGAAGGUUUGACUUACUUUAACUUCUAAGGCUCAAUGGGUUGGAAGCCCAGACUGGUGUUGCCCUUUUCUCCUUUGAUGGUUUUGGUUUUAGUUGCAGCACUACUUGUCUUCUGUUCAGUUUUCUGAACAUUUAAUGCAGAUUUGCUUUUAGAUUUAAUAAACAUUUCUCAACUUC